ACCUGCAUCGAGCAAUUAAAUUCAUCUCCAAGCCGAGAAAGGACAGGAGCCACCACCCAUUUUUUAACUCUCAAUCAUUCGCUGUUCUGACUUCACAUAGAGGGAUGCGACGAACAACACCAAGGCGCCACUGUUUUUCUUUUCAAGAAAAGGACAGAAACUAGACGUUGACCCCAUCAUUUGCCCCAAGAAAAUGUCAUCGAAUGAGCUUGCAUCUGUCAUCUGUGUGGGUAUAAGUAGUGGAUUAGUUGAGCCAUGGAGGUUCAGGUAAGAUAGGAUAGCAGUAGGGGUACAUGGAGAGAAAAAGAAAGGAGAUGGAGAAGGCCAAGUCUGGGCUGAGGCUGACCAUGGAGGAGCUCUGUUUAUGCAGUCCAGGAGAUGAGGAGGAAGAGCAGGUGCAGGAGCAGCCAAGGUCUUCCACCAUGGACCUCCUCUCUGUCUCCAAGCAGCUCAUCCAUGUCCUUGAUGAGAUUGGACCAACGUUACUAGUCCUGAGGCAAGACAUUCAGCAAAAUGUUCAGAAAUUACAAGAUUUGCAUGAAAGAGACUCUUCCAAAUAUGCCAGCUUGACGGCAAUAGUUACAGAGGAAGUGGAGCAAGGGACAGCAAAGAAGACGAAAAGCUGCACCAGAGCAAUCAUCUGGCUGUCUAGGUCGAUAAGCUUCUCAAAAUAUUUACUGGAGAGGCUGCUGGCAGCCCCAGAAUCGAGCCUGGAAGAGAUUGUGGAAGAAGCCUAUGCAAAAACUCUGAAGCCAUGGCAUGGUUGGAUCUCAUCAGCUGCUUACAAGGUAGCAAUGAAACUGAUCCCAGAAAGAGAAGUUAUCAUAGCGCUGCUGAUGGGUAACUGUCAAGACUUUGAGGAUCUUGCAGAAGAUGCGAAGAUGUUGACCCAUGCUGUCCAGCUGCUGUUAGAGGAGAUCGAUGCAAUUUUGGCUAAGCACAACAUGGACAAGCUGAAAUCCUCUUAGGACACAAGGGUUCUGCUGGUGUACAUAGCUGCAUAACCGUACCUAACCUUCCGUACGCCGUGCAUGUAAUAGUGAAAGGCCUUAUAUUGUGUGGUGUUCUCUUGUAGAUUGCAAGUGAUAAUUUGAAUGUGCAAAGUGCGUUGAGUGUAUUCCUGCAUUUCUAGUUUUAGUAGAUAUACAUGACCAUAUGUUAGAAAUAUGCGCAUUAUUCUAUUACCAGAUUUUAGUUUGAGACAUAUUUCAUAAUAAACAACUAAAUACAAGAUGCGAGCUAGUUCUA